AUGUCUCUUCCUGGCCUAGAUCUCACCCAGCCUUCGGCAGAGAGGGAAUUUGUCGCCGCACCACCAUCGCAAAUCAACCUCUCCCCAGGAUCAGAAUGGAGGUUUGAGGUCGCACACGGAACGACCGUUCGAGUCAAGCUCCAAACCGGCACAGCAGAGCUUUUCGGCACAGAACUCGCUCCCUCACAAACGUAUACAUUCUCCGGGACAAAAGCCGCAAUAUACACAUGGCACGGAUGCACACUUGAAGUCAGCGCCGGCGAUGCAGUCAUCGGACUGGACGGGAUGCCCGCGGCCACCGCCGCGCACGGCGGCUUCGGCGCAGGAGGCUGUCAAAGCGAAUACGUGGCCGAGGAAACGCCGAUGGUCGAAUAUGCGAAUAUACACUUUGCCCUCGAGGCGUUACGGAAUGAGGCUAAGGCGACGGGGAAGGACGGCCCCCGUGUUCUGAUUCUCGGCCCUGAAGAUGCCGGCAAGACGAGCCUUUCGAAGAUCCUGACCGCUUAUGCGGUGAAAGUUGGGCGGCAGCCUAUUGUUGUGAACUUGGAUCCGACAGAGGGGAUGCUCAGUGUUCCUGGGACGCUUACGGCUACGACGAUUCGGGCGAUGUUGGAUGUUGAGGAGGGGUGGGGGAGCAGCCCGAUGUCUGGGCCUAGUGCGGUGCCUGUCAAGCUGCCGCUGGUAUACUUCUAUCCGAUGGUGAAUCCGCUGGAGGCGGAGGGAUCAGUGUAUAGGCCGAUUGUGUCGAGAUUGGCGCUUUCGGUCAUGGGUAGGAUGGCGGAGGAUGAGGAUGCGAGGGAGACGGGAAUUAUUGUUGAUACGCCGGGAAUUUUGAGUCAAAGUCGGACUGGGGCUCUGGAGAUGAUUAACCAUAUUGUGACGGAAUUCGCAAUUACGACGAUUUUGGUUAUAGGUUCGGAGCGGCUGUACAGCCUUAUGAUGAAGAACUACGAUAACAGGCCGUCGUCAAGCGCAUCCGCUGUGGCAUCGGACGAGCGAAUUACGGUCGUGAAGCUAUCAAAGUCCGGUGGGUGCGUCGAUCGAGACGCAUCGUUCAUGAAAGCAGUGCGAGAGUCGCAGAUCCGAACAUACUUCUUUGGCAACCCGGUUCCCUCGACAGGGUCGUCGGCGCUAUCAUUAUCCGCAUCCACGAACGUUACACUAUCGCCGCACGCGCAGCAGCUAGACUUCAACACCCUGAACCUCUAUAACUACACUACGCAAUCAGCCGAAGACGAGCAGGAUGAGGAUGACUAUGACCCCGCGCAAUUAACGACUGGGGACUCAUUCCUGCCUGGGGGAGACAACGAUGCCGAGUGGUCCACACAGCGGCAGAGCGAGAACGCAUCCUCCUUGCUCCCCGGACUCAGCCCAGCCAAUGAAACGAAUCCCGUUACCGCGGCCGGCAACGCGCUCGUGCCGAUGAAAAGGGUGCUACCCCCGGCUCCCUCCGCAUUGGCGAACACGCUCCUCGCGAUAACGCAUUGCGCCCCGACCAGCAAUCUUGCGGAGAUCCGCGACGCGAGCACAAUGGGGUUCCUGUACGUCGCUGACGUCGACGGCGAACGAGGCAAGAUCAGGGUCCUGGCGCCAGUGGGGGGCCGCGUGCCAUCAAGGGCGAUCAUCUGGGGCAAGAAAUGGCCGGCGGAAGUCGUCGGCCUUGUUGGAUAA